GCCUGCCAGUGCAAGAUACUGCCCGCUUCACACCGCAACUACAGGCACUGUUGUGUUCGGUCUUCUCGGUACAGGUUAGAAUGUGACUUGUCUCCUAAAGCCGCUCUCUGACACCGCGAUCAGGAUGUACGGGUUUGUGAAUUACGCUUUGGAACUGUUGGUGUUGAAGACGUUUGGAGAAGAAAUCUGGGAACAAAUCAAGAAGGAUGCAGAGGUUAACAUGGAAGGCCAGUUCCUGGUACGGCAGAUCUACGAAGAUGAGAUUACAUACAACCUCGUGGGAGCAGCGGUCAAGAUACUCAAUAUCCCGGCCAACACGAUUCUGGAGCUGUUCGGGAAAAUGUUCUUCGAGUUCUGCCAGGACUCUGGGUACGACAAGAUCCUCCAGGUGCUGGGAGCAACCCCCCGGGACUUUCUCCAGAACUUGGACGCCUUGCACGACCACCUGGGUACUCUCUACCCCGGCAUGAGGGCGCCAUCUUUUCGCUGUACGGAAAGACCUGAGGACGGAGCCCUGGUACUUCACUACUACUCCGACAGACCGGGCCUGGAACAUAUAGUGAUUGGAAUUGUCAAGACGGUAGCUAGCAAACUUCACGACACAGAGGUGCAAGUGGAAAUACUCAAGACGAAAUCUGACUGCGACCACAUCCAGUUCCUGAUCACGGAGAAGUCUAACAACGGUAGGAUCGCUCCCCCGCCGAUAGAGGAGAUAGAGACACUGUCACUGGAACCAAAGGUGUCUCCAAAAACCUUCUGCCGAGUGUUUCCUUUCCACCUACUGUUCGACAGGGACAUGAGGAUCCUGCAAUGUGGCAGUGCCGUGGCACGUGUCAUGCCAUCGGCCCUUCGCCCUCACACCAAAAUCACCGACAUUCUCGUGCCUGUUCGCCCUCAUCUAGACCUGACAUUCGAUAACAUCCUCGCCCACAUCAACACCGUGUAUGUCCUGAAGUCCAAGGAAGAUGUGAUGGUCACAGUUUCUUCUCACGAGUUCUCUUCUCUCCGCCUCAAGGGUCAAAUGUUGUCAAUACCUGAGACCGACCUCAUCAUGUUCGUGUGUUAUCCGAGUGUCAUGAACUUGGAUGAUCUUGUCAGACGAGGACUGUACAUAAGCGAUAUUCCCGUACACGAUGCGACGAGGGACCUCGUGUUGAUGUCGGAGCAGUUCGAGGCUGACUACAAGCUGACCCGCAACCUGGAGCUGCUGACGGACAAACUGCAGCAGACCUACCGGCUGCUGGACGGCGAGAAGCAGAAGACGGACAGGUUGCUAUACUCAGUCCUGCCCAUCAGUGUUGCCAACGAGUUGAGACACCGCCGUCCAGUGCCUCCUAAGAGGUUCGACCCCGUUACUGUCAUGUUCUCUGGUAUAGUGGGGUUCAGUAAAUAUUGUGCCAACCACACGGACGCUGCCGGAGCGAUGAAGAUCGUCACUCUCCUAAACAGACUGUACACCAGGUUUGACGUCCUCACAGACCCCAAGAAGAAUCCAAAUGUAUAUAAGGUGGAGACGGUGGGAGACAAGUACAUGGCAGUGAGCGGGCUACCAGAACCAUGCAAUACGCAUGCGCGGUGUAUCGCCAAGCUGGCCUUGGAUAUCAUGGACCUCAGCAGGGAGGUGCUGGAUGACGAUGGAGUACCCAUUAGGAUCUCUAUAGGUAUACACUCAGGAGAGGUGGUGACCGGGGUCAUAGGUCACCGCAUGCCUCGCUACUGCCUGUUCGGCAACACAGUGAACUUGACCUCACGAACUGAGACCACCGGGGCACCAGGAAAGAUCAAUGUUUCUCAAGAUGCUUACAAAUUCUUGUGUCAACCUGACAACGAUGAUCCGCAGUUCCACUUCGAGUACCGCGGUCCUGUUCAGAUGAAGGGAAAGAAGGAACCUAUGGAGGUCUGGUUCCUGUCCCGCAGCAAGGAAUAUAUCGUAUGAGCAGGGAAGCAGUGCUACCAACCCUAGAAACCAUUCCCUUCUAGAAGGUCCACUGCUGCCAACCUAAUCCCGUCAGCCGCUCUGCUCCUCAUCUAGUGAUACUGUUCAAUCAAGCACCAAAUUUCUUAAACUUGUACAUAAUUGUACAUAGAUCGUUCUAAACUGAGAGCUUUGUGCUUUUAUAUAACUCUAUUUGUACAUAUGUAAUGCUUCACAGCACAAGACGUGUAAGCUCCUGGGACAUAAUGUUUUAUUACUUGUGUACAUAGAGUUCAUUUGUUAGCGUUAAACAUGUUUCUUUAAUUCAAUUAUAAUUUUUGUAACAGCACUUUGUUAAAUUGUUCAACAAAUAUAAGGGGACGCAAAUAUAUGGCAGUAUCUUCAAGAAGGUUAUCAUUUUCAUACGUUUAGUAUUUUUGUACAGAAUUAUUCUCCUGAAACGUAAAUAACGUAAAUUUAUCAAGCUACAAAGAUUUAUAGUUAGUUAUGUUGAGAAAUAUAUUUGGUGAUAGAAUGUUAAAGAUGAUAGUAAAUUAAAAAGCGUAGGUUGUAAAUGUUAAGAUAAUGCUAAUCAUGAAGUAUAAUGAAUAGUAUUGUAGGAAUGUACUACAAAUAUAUGAAUGUAAUAAAAGGAAUGUGUGCAUAUAAAGUAAACUGUACUAUUAUCCGAGUAUCAAUUAAAAUUAAAUUACAUGAGGUAAAAAUAUUUUAUAGUAUUUACUAUAUUUUUAAAUGAAAAAUAUGGAAGCUUAGCUUUAACCCAUAAUCUAUUUCCAAAUGAAUCUUUGAACACGCCUUCGUCUCUUUUUGGUGCAUUAAAAACUAUUUUUGUAUUCAAUAAAUCUCUAAGAAAAUUAGCACAAGAGGAGAAGUGGUAAAAGGUUUCACAUAGCCAACUGUUAUAGGAAUCAAACACGUUUGACAGAACAAGUUUAGUUUUUCUAAAAUAUUUAUAUUCAUAAACAUGAACAAAUAUAAAUAUUUUAUAAAAAGUAUAGCAUAACAAAGUAAAAAUUUUAUAGUUUGUCAGUGUGGCUAAACAUAAAAAUGUAGUUCUUAAAUACAUAAAUAUCCUUAUCACUAACAAGAAUGUAUUCACUAUUUUUAAGCCCAUAUCCAUAAAUCUACAUUCCCUUCAAGUAGCUCAUACUCUAAGAUCAAAAUGACCAAAACAAGACUCAUAGUAGGAUUGUUCUCAUUCUUAAAAACGUUUCUAACGACAGCCUUACCGUUUUCAUUAGAUUAUUUUAAUCAGAUGCGUUGAUAUUUUACGAUUAUUUUAUUAAGUUACACCUCUUUUUUCCCAUAAAUCACUUCUUUCCUUGUUAUGUUGGAAAGUGUACAAUAUUGCCUUAUUUUGCAACACCUGUUGUUUGAAACAUAUUGAAAUAUAACAGUAGCUUGUUGGUAAGGAAGACAGAUUGGUUGUUA